UAUUAGCUAAUAUCUAUAUUAUAUUUUAUCUUUAGAGCAACAGUAGGGUGAUAUACUCAUAAGUAUAUAAAUGUAUAGUUUGUUAGGUAGUACUUACUCCUUGAUUUAUUCGGUCAAAAAAAACUAGGUAACUGAUUAACGGAAUAAUUUUUCAUGUUAAAAAUAAAAUUUUAGUGUUUGAAAUAAAUAAACUCAYUAAAUUGAUCUAGUUUUUUUUUAUAGUAAUAUUCUGAUGAAAAAUGAAAAUAAUAAAACGAUCUGUCGAGGACGAGAGACAUUUUUACAACUAUAGGUUCAACAUAAACAAGAAAAAUGUAUCAAUACAUCGACUUAAUUUUGACAAUUUAUGAAAAGAUACGAUAUAUUCAAUAUUGAGUCUAAAAUCUUAGAUUUGGAAGCACGAGUAAUUUAUCGUCCAAUCCUUUGCGUUUUCACAGCAAAAGCCGUGGAAACAUAAAUGUUUUCUAUUGUCGAUGGAUCAUGAGGGUCGAUCACGAUGGAACUUCAAACACCAUGUAAUAUCAACCGUAGUCACCUUAUUAGAGCCCUAGUUUUUCGACCGAAAUAUGAUCGCUGUUUCUUACCUCCAGACGAAGGCAAUUGUGGAAAUCGAUUGACUUUGAGAGUAAAAUACUACUUCGACUCAACUAAUGACGACUGCUCAGAAUUCAUUUACUUCGGUUGUGGUGGCAACGAUAAUCGAUUUGACACAUUCGAAGAAUGCGAAAAUACAUGCAUAUUCUACGGGUUUUAAAAUAAGCCAUCUUCGACUGGAUCUUCUGUGUUGGUUGCAGACGUUUUACAAUAUUGUCAAUAAAUGUUUUA